AUGUGGAGCCCUAGUACCGCAUUGUUCGCGCUUCUAACGCUCAUUAUCUCUGUGUCUGUGUGCAUCUUCUUGCUCAUUUGGCUAUUUGGUCCUGGAAUUGAUCGGAGAAAUACACGACGAUGGCUUCCGCAUGCUGCUUCACAUCAGGAAUUUCUGCUCGCUCACGUACGAAUCGGAAACGAGGAGUCGGGGUUUUUUGAGCGACCGAGACCUAAUGGAGAGACUAUUCGGUUAUUCUAUCGUAUUUGGCUGCCGAAACAUCUAGAAAGUGCGAAGGACGCCAGAGCUAUCGUUAUUAUGCUACAUGGUGUAAACUCGCACAGUGCCCGCAACAAUAAAUUUAUGGUGGAGGUGCUCCAACAUAGCUUUUUAGUAGCUGGUAUGGACCAUGAAGGUAUGGGCCGCAGCGAUGGAAGGCACGGCUAUUUUUCUAGUGUAGAUGUUUUGGUGGACGACGCCAUUGCAUUUGUAGAACUUAUAAAGAAUAUGUAUUCGCACAAGAAGGUUUUCUUGCUUGGCGCGUCGCUAGGUGGACUGAUAAUUCUUCAUGCGCUUAGUAAAUGCGGUCCGAAGCUAGUUGAUGGCGCCGUUAUUCUAUGCCCACCAACGGAAAUUCAUAAGGCAUCGCGGCCGUCGUAUCUGAUGGAACUUAUCGGUCGAUUGCUGCAAGAGUAUGCGCCUAAACUUCCAUUGGUAAAAGCAAAUAACGGCAAUAACAGUUCUCCGGAAGUGGCGGCGAUUGCCAACGCAGACAAGUUGUCGGAUCCACUGUAUUAUCCGGGAAAAAUGCGGGUUGGCACAGGCCUUGCAUUGCUUAAGGGGAUCACUAGCAUCCAGGACAAAUUGCACUUAAUCGAGACACCAUACUUGCUACAGCACGGCACAGCGGACCGAGUUUGUAACGUCACAGGCUCGGCAGCACUUUACGUCAAGACGCGUAGCAUUGACAAAACAUUUAAGACGUAUGAAGGAGGACAUCACGACUUGGCUAGUGAACCACCUCGUAUUCGCGAUGCUGUCGUACACGAUCUUGUAACUUGGCUAGUAGAUCAUUCCAAGCGUUAG